AAGGAACGGGGAAGGAGGGGGAGGGGGAGCCGAAGGGCGCGGAUGGCUAGACCGGAGCGGCCUCCCCCUCCCCGAAGUCGGGGGUGCCUUAGCCGCUGGGGAGCGGGGCUGCAGCCUCUGCAGCCUCUGCAGCUGGAUUUCCCACUCUGACAGGCGCCAUUUUACCGCCCUAAGGGCUCCCUCCUCCCUUCUUCCCCCCUCCUCUUCCCCUCUGACACUGCUUCCGGUGGUGACGUGUAUUCGCUUCACCGGGACUAAAGUUCCCCCUCCUCGGUCUAUGGGGGCGGGUAGAGGAAAGCCGAGAGCGCUCCCAACAAGGCCGCAGUAUCGCGCAAGCGCGGAAGGUGGCAGCGGGGCGGACCCCGGGGGCGAGGCGGGCCCCGCCUGGAGCGGCGUGGGCGGGGCGGGUGACGUCUCUCGUCCCCGGGUGUCGGGCCGUCGGACGGGCUCGUGCGGCCUCCUACCCCUCCCGCCGACAACUGCCCCCAACGGCUCUUCCGGCCCCAGUCGUGACUCCGUGGAGUGGGAGGGGCGCAGUCUCUUGAAGGCGCUUAUCAAGAAAGCUGCGCUGGGUGGGGAGCAGGUCCACAUCCUGGGCUGUGAAGUGAGCGAGGAAGAGUUUCGUGCAGGUUUUGACUCCAGUAUCAACAGCCGGCUGGUUUACUAUGACCUCUUCAGAGACCCGCUCAACUGGGCACAGACUGGGGAAGCCCUUCCGGGGGGACCCCUGGGAGCCUUGCAGGCCAUGUGCGAGAGGACGGACCCUGGUCCUGUCACUGUGGCUCUCGAUUCGCUGAGCUGGCUGCUGCUGCGUCUUCCCUGUGCCGCCCUCUGCCAGGCCCUCUGUGCCAUGAGCCGUCAGCACGCCUGCCGUGGUGGCGGCCCCGCAGCGGAGCAGCUGUGCGUGCUAGGCCUGCUGCACCGAGAGCUCCAUGGCCCGGGCCCCAUGGGAGCAUUGAGCAGCCUUGCCCAGACCGAGGUGACCCUGAGUGGUACAGCGGGCCAGGCCUCGGCCCACAUCCUCUGUCGGAGGCCCCGACAGCGCCCAACCCUCGAGACUCUGUGGUUCUCCGUCCUGCCUGACUUGAGCCUGGAUCCCCAAGGGGGACCCCCGCUAGAGUCCCAGCCCCACCCAGAUCCUCACACACGGCAGGUGGACCCUGCCUCCCACUUGACCUUUAACCUCCACCUGUCCAAGAGAGAGCGAGAAGCCAAGGAUAGCCUGACACUGCCUUUCCAGUUCAGCUCCGAAAAACAGCAGGCUCUGCUGUGCCCUGGGCCCGGCCCCGCUACCAGCCGCAUCUUCUAUGAGCCAGACGCGUUCGAUGACCUGGACCCAGAAGACCCAGAUGGUGACCUGGAUGUUUGACGGGGAGCCUUGACUAGCCUGUACUGGGGAGGGGGGAGAGAGACCUUGGACGCGUAACCAUCCUUUCGUUGUUUGCGGCGGCCUUACCCUGCCCCACCUGUGUUCCCUGUGUGCGGAGGUCCUGCCUCGUGACCCCCGAGUCAGGGAGUAGCUUCCAGGCGGGACAAAACAUGGGAAGGGGCAGAGGGGAAGGUGAGGGAACAGAGACGCCUCCCUUCCCAGCCUAAUAAAAUCUCUUUUUUUACGAAAAAAGAAA